UUCGAGUAAACUUGCACUUAGGGCACGGAAACUCAUUCCUACUUCUUCGAUACCAUUAAAAGCAUUCGAGCCUCCUUCCUCGUUGCGCAGCCGCUUCCUGACCCGGCGAUGUCGAAGCUCACUCUCCUUCGAAACGUUUUUAGGGCGACCGCGCUAACCCCAAACCCCCUUCCUAGGGUUCCAUGGAGGAGCCUCUCCACCGAGGGGGAGUCGCUUGAUCCCUCCGACGAUCCAUUUCUCCAGACUUCUACGGAAGCAGGUCUAGUCUUUGGAAGGUUGACCGGUAUUGGGAAGAACACAAUGAAGACUGAUGUCCUUCAUUACCUUGAAGGAUGUAAUCUGUCAACUGAUGAUAUUAAAUUUGACUACACUAAGGCAUAUAAUCCAGUUGGCGUGUUGUUGCAAUUUCCUUCUGAAUCUUCCUUUGAUACGGCGGUGAAGCAAACUAUAAGGAGGGGUCGAUUGUACAAGAUAGAGAAGAUUGAUCGUUCUGAAUGGGAUCUCAAGACAUCUUAUGAUGGAAAAGUUGUAUUGUUGCAAGGAAUUCCUCGUAAUGCUGUUCAAGAGGAUGUUGAGCGCUUCCUAUCCGGCAGUAAUUUCGAGCUUUCCACAUUCCAGAUGCUUUUUCGGCAAGGUUUCCCAGACCCUGUAAGAAUCGCACUUGUUCAUUUUCCGACUCGGCUCGAUGCAAUGAAUGCCUUCUGCUUUAACAACAGGGGGUUCUGUCUCAACAGUCCUGUGAGCAUGAGAGUUCUCCAUUGAAGGUUUAGCUUGUCUGGGGAACUUAGAAUGAUGGGUGGCAAUUAGUUCCUUGAGGCUGUAUUUGAAUGUAAGAUCAUUAACUUUGAGGUCACUCUUCCAGCAUCUUAAUUGUUGCUAUUCUGAAAUAUGUAGCCGGUUGUUUUCCAUAGUUUUGUCGACAUUGCUUAAUUUUCUUCUGCUUCAAAAGCGAAUACAAUCCUCUUACUUCAAUUUACGUAGGCAAUUUUUACUUGGGAUUUUGAGUAAAGAUGCGUCUACUCCGCUAAGGCGUCUUGCUGGAUGGUAUAUUUUCUUCUCUCGUAUAUUACAGGAAUUUUAUUAGUUA